UUUGACGACCAUGAUAAUUAAUUUUGUUGAUACAAAUGGCAUAGUUCAGGAAUGCACUCCUGUAGAUCUAUAUAGCAUCAGUCUCGUGGACUAAGAAUAGAUGUACACGAGCAGGAUCGAGCUAUAGGGAACUCCUGACACGAGUUAGCUAUUAUAGAACUAACUGUUUCAUUAUGGCCGAGCAAGUGACUUUUACACCACUGGAAACUGUUUCCAAAGUGGAGAUAUCUGUGCGUUGUAAAAACCUGAAGGACUUGGAUGUGUUCUCCAAGAGCGAUCCGAUAGUGUUCUUGUAUGAGAGGUUAUCCCCCAGUGCAGUCUGGAACAAACUGGGCAAGACUGAGGUCAUUGACAACAAUCUCAAUCCCGAGUUCUCCAAGACAUUCCUGUUGGACUAUCGCUUUGAAGAGGUUCAGUAUCUUCGGUUCUCAGUGUAUGAUGUUGAUAACAAGCACCAUGUGGACAAUAUCUCACUGCAUGACUUCAUUGGAGAGUCAUUCUGUACUCUGGCAGACAUAGUCACUGCUGGACAGGAAUACAAUAAGACACUACGGUCAAAUGGUACUUCAAGAGGCCAGAUAUACGUGACAGCUGAGGAAAUUCAAGAUUCAAAAUUUACUAUUCAGUUCCAGUUCUCCGCUAGCAACCUGGACAAGAAAGAUUUCUUUGGGAAAUCCGACCCAUUGCUAGAGAUAGCCAAGUCUCAGGAGGGGGGUGGAUACAGUCUAGUGUAUCGAUCUCAGCCCCUCAUGAAGACUCUUAAUCCAAGGUGGCCUGGGUUUGAGCUGACUAUUCAGAAGUUAUGUAGUGGAGACUGGGACCGCACCCUAAAGCUGUCUGUUUGGGAUUGGAACCGGUCAGGCAGUCACGAUUUUAUUGGCUCAGCUUUCACCACUCUCAGGGAGAUAUGUCCAGAAAAAGGGGGGCAGGUGUUCAACCUUGAGCUAAUCAAUCAAGAAAAAAAGAAGAAGAAAAAGUACAAAUCUUCUGGAGUUCUCAAUCUAGAGAUGGUAAAAGGAAUUCCAACACAUACGUUUGUGGAUUACAUUCGCGGAGGGUGCCAGAUCAGUCUGAUGGUUGCUAUAGAUUUCACUGCAUCCAAUGGAAAGCCCCAGGAACCAUCAUCACUGCAUUAUAUUGGACAGAGUCAGAUGCUCAAUCAGACUAGGGACAAUGAGUACAUGCAGGCUAUCAGGAGUGUUGGUAGUAUCCUGGCCCCGUACGACAGCGACCAGCUCAUCCCAGUUUUUGGGUUUGGGGCCAGGCUACCACCCAAUGGGGAGGUGUCUCAUUGUUUCCCUCUCAACUUCAACCCACAAGGACCAGAUGUGUUUGGAGUAGAGGGUAUUUUGGAGGCGUACCACUAUGCACUGAGGCAGGUGCAGCUGUUUGGGCCCACAAACUUCUCUUACUUCCUGGACAAGGCAAUGGAGUACGCAUCAGGCUCCAGUAUGGCUCAGGCACAACAAAACUACACCAUACUGCUGGUUAUCACGGAUGGUGUGAUAUCGGACAUGACACGGACUGUAGACAAGAUAGUGGCAGCUUCUCGUCUCCCUCUCUCCAUAGUCAUAGUGGGAGUAGGGGGAGCUGAUUUUACUAACAUGGAGGUGCUGGAUGCUGAUGACACACCCCUGGUAAACCAGAGAGGGGUGAAGAUGAGUAGAGACAUUGUACAGUUUGUUCCUUUGAGGCAGUUUCAAUCAAGAGGUGGAGCUAAUUUCUCACUGGCCAAAGAGACUCUGGCAGAGAUACCUACUCAAUUAUUGUCAUUCAUGAAGAGCAAAGGGAUCAAACCCAACCCCCCACCACUCAGGAGACAGGAGACGUUUUCACAGAGAAUACCUGCUCCUUUGCAAUCUGCUGUGCCAGCACUGCAACAAACCUACACUCAACAACUAGUACCAACACCCUCCCAGGCUCCACAAGGUAUCCACCAGUACUACCCUCCGGAGCAACAACUGCAACAGCCAUAUCCCCAGAACUAUCUCAGAACACAAGGACCUCCACCCUCGUACACAUCCCUAGGAACUCCUAGUGUACAACCAUACCCUUAAUAUCUGUCUCAAUCGCCACUAAUGUAGUUAUAAUUAUGUAUAUUACUUACACCCAUUAUUUUUGUAAAUAUUGAUGCUCAGAUUUAAGUGGUCUUAAACACGAUAUAA